GACGUCGUGGGUUGCUGGCCUUGGUGAUGGAUAUCUGUUGCUCCGCACUUGAGCGCUCGUUCCCGGUCUCGAUCGGCUGUGGAAUUGCGGGCUGCGGGCAUAUGUAUGACCAUGGAACCCACCGGGGUGUGUUUCUGGUUGCCGCCGUGUCCUUUUGUUUCCGUGAUGUUUACUUGGCGUGCUAGCAAAACGGAGAGGCUUGUUUUAUUUUCUUACAAGAGCACCAUCGAGAGUCUCAUACGUGCUGGACGGGCUUUCUUCAUAGAGCAUACCCCUGACUAUCACACAAAGCACCCACCCACGGCUAGCAUCGAGCCAUAUACCUGAGCCCCCUGCCAUGUCACCCUCGGGCUCUGCGUUUCUGUACGAGCCGAUGCUCACGCCGCCCGAAGAGCCGCUGCCGAAGCGGCACAAGACGCUGGCGUGUCUCCGCUGCCGGCGCAGAAAGCAAAAAUGCGAUGAGCAGAGGCCGUGCACCAACUGCGCGAGGUCCCAGGAGACGUGCCGUGAGGUGAUUCCUCGGCUGGCGGUGGUGAACAGCGUCCUGCCCACGUCACAGAUGCAGCCACUCUCGUCCCGGGUGGACCUGUGCGCCCUCGAGGAGCGCGUGGCCCGGCUUGAAAAGUCCCAGCGCCACGGCCGGCGGCACUGGCAUCACAGGAGCGGCAGCGGCAGCACUAGCACCAGCAGCAGCCAUGGUGAGGACGACAUGGCCGGGCGACGUACAGGGGGGCCACACCACGCGCAGUCCUUCUCUCCAGACGCUGUCAUCUCCAUCCACGGCACCCCAGCGGCAGUGGCAGGGCUGGGCUUCAACCACUGGGCCGAAUCCCCCGGGGUGAACGGCCGGUCCUACAACCACCACCACCACCAGCAACCGCAGCAGCAGCAGCACAUGGAAGCAUACAGCUCCCCUCCCCCGUCCAACAACAGCAGCGGCCUGCCGACAAACAGCGCGCCCGCCAUCGGGCUGCUCGCAACGUUUGCGCGCUGCGACAACUCAACCACACAAGGCGCGGCAGCCCCAGGCAUCCCACCACCCACGCCCAUAGACCGAGCCACGGGGCGCGUCCUCUUCGACGCCUACCGCGCCCGCGUGCACUCGCGCUUCGCCUUUCUGCGCCUCGACACUCUCCAGGACCUAGCCCUGUCCUCCUCGUCCUCUCAGCAGCAGCAGGCGCCCUGGGUCGGCUUCUUCACGCACAUGAUCUACAGCAUCGGGCUGCUCCUCCUCGACAACAACAACAACAGCAACCACCACCACCACCACCACCACCAUCAACACCAGCACCACUACCGGCUCGCCGUGACGCGCCACCUCGGCGCCGUCUUCGCGCACCCGGACCGCGUGCUGCACGCGCAGGCGCACCUGCUGCUAGCCAUGCACGCGCUGCGCUCGCCCUCGACGGAGCGCCUCGCCAGCGUCGCCGGCGCCGCGGCCCGGUACUGCGUCACGGCGGGGCUGCACCUUGAGCCGUCCGAGGAGGACGAGGAAGAAGAAGAAGAAGAAGAAGAAAAGAGGAGGGACCCGGCCAUCCGGGCGCAGGUCCGCAGGCGCGUCUUCUGGUCCGCCUACGCGCUGGACAGGGCCGUCGGCGCCGCGCUCGACCUGCCGCCCGCCGUGCCCGACGCCCACGUCACGGCCGAGCUGUACGCGGCCGUCGAGGACGACGAGCUGGGGGCUGGGCAGCGGUGGGCGGCGGCGGCGGCGGCGGCAGAAAAGCGGCAGGGGGAGGAGGAGGGGGACCGGUGUCGACGGCGCUGCGGCUCGUGCGGUGCCUGCGGGUCGCGGGCGAGACUCGACUCCUGCGUCGGCGGCGGCGGCGGCGAGGCAGCAGCGCCCGCGUGGCUCCUGUCGGCCCGCGACGCCACGCUGGCCAUGCUGCUGGGGCUGGCUCCUCCUCCGCCCACCACCGACAUCAGCAGGAAAGCCGACGACAACAACGAAACACCUGCAACCGCAGACAGCAGCGCUGACGACACAACAACCCCCACUCCCGACCCAACAUCCCCAACCGAACCCAAAACCUCAGCCCCCCCUCCUCCCGCAGCACCAACAGCAACACCACCACCACCACCAUCACCGCACCCAGACCGCGUGGCCCUCAACGCCUGCUCCCGCUUCUGCACCGACCACCGCCGGCGCUGCUCCCGGGCCGGCGGCGACGGCGGCGACGACGACUGGCUGGCCCUGAUCGUGCAGUUCAAGUGCGGCGUCGCCCUGCUACACGCAUCCACCACCAACACCAACACCACCAACACCACCACCUCCAGCUCCCCCGCACCGGCCAUCCGCGCCUGCGCCGCCGCCCUCGCCAGCCAAGCCGAGCGCUGGCCGCAGGCCCGGUGCCUGCGCGACGUGUUUGCCGCCCUGUCCGGCAUCCCUCUGAGCGGCAGCGGGCCGACGACGACGACGACGACGCGGAAGCGGAAGCGCGUCAAGCUCGAGCCGUCGCCGCCGCUCGCCGCCGACCCAGCAACAGCAGCAGCAGCAGCAAACCAAGGCAGCAGCAUCAGCGGUACGGGUUCAUCGGACGCCAGGGAGUUCGUGCGGGCGCAGCUCCCCGCCGUGGCCGCCGUCGUGGUGCACCGGCCGACGCUGCGCAUGGUGCGGGAGCUGGCCGGCAGGGGGCAGCAGGUUCCGGCACGGUUGUUGGAAGAGGAAGAGGAAGAAGAGGAGGAGGGGGACGACGCGGUCGAGAUGUACGACGCCCUCACCCCCGCCGCCUUCUUCCUGCCCGAGCCGCCAACAACAACGCCCGCGAGGCGGGACUCGCGCUACGACUACCUCGACUUUGGCGAGCCCGACGACGCGAGGCCCUGGUUCGACGACGGCGACCCGUUUCGGGUUUCUGCGUAG